GGAUCGAAGACGGGACGGCUUCGUCGUAUACUGAAGAAACAUUGAUGGAGACUGUCCUCUGCCUCCAUUGCCAUUUGCAGAUACGAACGGUCCGCUUCGUGAUUUGAUGCUCGAUCCUUCUGGAGUGAGACAAUGUGGUAAAGACGACUUCCAGCUGUCUUCAUGCAAUGUUGGUGACAAAAAAAUCAAGAAGGGCAAAUGUCCACCUCUCAGUCUUGCAAAUCGAACUUUUUUGGGAUACGUGCCUGAUGAGUUGAAGGAUCUGACAGUCAUCGAGGAAGCGAUGAUUGCUCGUAGUCGUGCAAAAUGCUGGAUCGUUCAGUUGAAGGAAGAAAAUCAGGACCUGCAACUUCCUACCAGUCAGCGCGGAAUAAAGGGCCACAUAAUCAUUUAUCCUCAGCGUCCAGAAGGGAUCGCGAAUGUCUUGCCUCCGACAGUAGCUGAUAUUGUCACCCCAAUCUGCGUCAUUUUCGUGGGCUCGUGUCCUCCAACUCGUGCAUGGCUCGAAGAAAAAGCCAAACCUUUGAUAGCUCGUAGAGAAAAGGUUCGUGCCGCAUUAGUUUGGCUAAAGAAACACAAUCGCCUGUAUAAGGACAUUACCAUUGAUUUUGAUGUUUUGAAUUCUAUGGAGGAAAAGACAUUGUUGCCCUUUCACGUUGACCACGUUCUUCCCAGUGAAGCGCAUGAUUCCUUGACAUCAAAGUAUGAUGCAACUGAGGCAGUGCAGUCCGAAGAUCCAUCUGAUUUGAGUGAUCCUCCCGCACCGUCUGAUGAUCAAUUGCGUGCUGCUGAACUGCAAGCUAAUUUUGAGAGUGUUGUAGUUACUGAUGUUGAUGGCAAUGCGUCUGCGAAUGAGUUGCGUGCUGCAGCAACUCGUCAUAUCAAGAACAAAGGUGGCGGAUAUAUUCAAGUCCCUCACGAUCCUGAACCUGUCAAUGAAUUCUUCAAACCAGACCUCUUCUGA